AUGAAUCACCGAUUAUGGAUGUUUGUUGUGCAGUGCUUGAUCUUUUCCGUGGCUGUCUGUCAAAAUAAACGAGGCGAUGGUUUUUGCAUGCCACCGCAAAGCAUUGCCAUUGUAUGUUGUAUAGGAUUUUAUAAUAGUGGAGACAAUUGUAUAGAAUGUGAACCAGGCACCAUAGGUGAUAACUGCUCCUUGACCUGCCCACCAGACUACUUUGGACUUCAGUGUACAGAACAAUGUAACUGCUCCUCGGACGAGUACUGUGACCCAACAAGUGGCUGUCUGGCAAACAUCACAGUAGUUACAUCUACAAAUUUAGCUGAUACAGGAACUGGGUUCCUACUCAAGUUUGUUCUUCCGUUCUCACUUCUAGCCAUUGUUGUUCUGAUUGUUGGAACAGUUUGCAUCAGGAGAUGGCACGUAAAAACCAUGAAGAAAACAAAAGAUGAAUUGUCAUUAUCGAAAGAUGUAGCUGAUGUCGACACCGAAACUCAAAAAUCAGCAAAGAAAGGACUUAGUUCCAGAGAAACGGUAUCAUCCCAACUUUACAAAAGAAAUUCCCAUGAAAAAAUUAAUCGCAAUGCAAAUCUUAGUCAAAAGGAAACCAUGGCCACAGGGGGAGACCCACCUCCCUGUCCUGGUCCGUCACUGGAUGUCUCAUCACAUCAGAGGGAAGGAAAUGUCCAUAUCAACUGGUGUUCUCUCGGCACAGUUUCUGAGAGAAGCAAUGAGGUCUUACAAAUAAGUUGUAUCGACAAGGGUACAAUUCAAGAGCAAACCAAAGACCAACAAUCAUAUAUUUAUUCAAUUUCGAGCAAACACUCAAGAAAACAACUGCAUCGUGAUAAUUCAGAUUCAGAAUGUUCAAAAGUAACCUACGAUGAAGAAUUGUAUGCAAAUAAUCACAAUAUUGAGUAUUCCACCAGUUGUUUUGGACAGGAAGGGGAUUCUGAUGAGUACUUUGACGUCAGCUACGAUAAACAAAAGAAAAUGUCUUGCAUUGUACUACCUAAUCUUGACGCUUAGGAACUAAGUCAUAUGAAACUGAACAUUUUAUGUCUGAUUAUAUAACUGCAAAACAAUUGUUUAGGUUUGAUACUCAGUGACAUUAACAUACAUUUUUUAUACUAAUGCAAAUCAAUGCGUUAAAUGCGCUAUAUAUUUUAGCAAUUUAUUUAAGAUGAAAAAAUCCGGGUUUUUUUAUAAACACGUCAGUUUUUGUUCGUUUUUUUUUUGGGGGGGGGGGGGAUAUCAUAGCCUAAAGCCAAAUGAAAUUGAAAACAGGUGAUACAUGUAGGUAUUAAACAUGCGGGAUUUCACAAUCUGCACGACAUCUGCUAUACUCUUACUCUAAUAUGCCGUGGUUGUUUAAUGAUUCAUCAGUAAUUGAAUCAUUAUAUGUUGGAACUAUUAAUGUUUUUAUUCGUUAAUGCCUAGAACAA